AUGUACGAGAAAAUUAAGGCGGUGAUUCCGUUGGAAUCAAGUCCAGAAAUCUUUACCAACUUUGCACAUGAGUUGGGUUUAAAACGUCAGAUGGCAUUUGAUGACAUUUAUUCGUUGACUGAGCCAGAUUUAAUGGCGUUUCUGCCAAGACCUAUGAAGUCUAUCAUAUUAUUAUUUCCAGUUAACGAAUUUUUUGAUGCGACUAAGAAGAAAGAGGGUGAAAAUGACGAUGAACCUAUUGACUCUCCAGAUGGUCCUGUGAUAUGGUUUAAACAAAUUAUAAGCAAUGCUUGUGGUUUAUAUGCAUUGCUACAUUCGCUAGCAAACAAUCCAGAUUGCUUGACGGAAGGGUCGGUACUAAAGGAAUUUUUGUCAUUGAAUAAGAGGGAAGAUGGUAAAUAUAACGAUGAACCAACGGCCGAUUUUAUGCUAUCGAUUAGUGAGUUGUACCAUAAGAAUUCCAAACAGGGCCAGACUGAGGCUCCGUUGCCAGAGGCUACUGUUGACCUACAUUUUAUCACGUUCAUAGCGCAUGGUGGCAAAAUAUUUGAACUCGAUGGCAGUAGGAAUUCGGCCCACUGUUUAGGGCCUGCUCGUGGCGAAGACCUCUUGGAUGAGGACUUGGUAAAAGGUCGUGUUCAAUGGUACAUGGAUCAUGCGGAUGAAAAAAUGAAGCACCAAUUCUCCUUAAUGGGCAUGGGUCCUUCCUGGGAUUAA